UUAAAGUAAAGAAAUCAAGGUUAAUUCGAUGGCAGAAGCCGAGUUGACGCCUCCGCCCCCGCCAUGCAUUAAAUCCAGCUCGGGGUCAGGGGAAAAUUUGGACUGGACGUGCGAGGAGUGCGGAAACGUGAACUUCGCCCGCAGGAUCAACUGCAACAGGUGCUUCAAAGCCCGAGGCCCUGUUACGAGCAGCAAACGCAAGCUGGGCACCGAGAUAGGCAAAUCGGCUGCGGAGAAGAGCAAGGGGCUUUUCAGCGCCGACGACUGGCAGUGCAACAAGUGCGGCAACGUGAACUGGGCGCGCAGGCAGCAGUGCAAUGUGUGCAACGCGCCCAAGUUCACGGAUCAGGAGGAGCGGACCGGUUUCGGGGGCGGCUACAACGACAGGGGGGUGGUAGAGUACAAGGAGCGGGCGGAUUCCGACGAUGAUUACGACGAGUUCGGGCGGCGGAAGAAGAAGCGCAAGGGCAGCGAGCAGGGUAGCAACUGCGAUUCAGAGGAGGAGAAGGUCGUUAAGAAGCCUGAAAAAGUCGUUGAGGAAAAAAAAAUUGAGGAGAAAGAGGAGGAAGAAGAGGAGGAUGAUGACGAUGAUGAUGGGGAUUUGUCUAAAUAUGAUUUAUCGGAUUGGGGGGACGUUAGUGAGAAUUCUUAUAGUAAAUCUAAUGAUCGAGGCAAAUUUUAG